AUGGCAGGCUCCCGCAGCCGUCCGUGGCAAAGACUCUCUUUUAUAUCUAUCCUUUUUCUCUAUUGUCUUCUUUUCUUGCACCUUGUGGUGGGUUACGCCCAUAACCAUCGUCACCUUCAUCAACUUCAUCACCAUGCUCCCUGGGCCCAGACCUCGGCUGUCUUACCCCAAGCUCUGGCUGCUGCGAAGCCAGCAGCUGGCCAGGGCGACUAUACCUGCGGCCCUGAUAAGCCUUGCUCAAACAAAGCUUGCUGUGGCGAGGAUGGCUGGUGUGGUUAUAGCCCCAAGUAUUGCGGUAAAGGUUGCCAGUCACACUGUGAUGCGAAAGCUGAGUGUGGGCAAUAUGCCAAAACGCUGGGUCAGAAGUGCCCCUUGAACGUGUGCUGUUCCCAGCAUGGGUUUUGUGGUACAACCUCUGACUUUUGCGAUCAAGGCUGUCAAUCCAACUGUGAGACUCCAAAGCCCAAUGCCGCUCCUUCUAAUCCCCAGAAGGUCGUCAUUGGGUAUUGGGAAGCGUGGAAUAUGGACAAGCCUUGUGGAACUAUGGGAACUGGCGAGAUUCCAGUCGAACUCCUGACACAUCUGUUUGUUUCUUUUGGUUAUAUCAAUUCUGCCUUUGAGGUCACUAAUAUGGACGGCAUUGCCUCCCACAUAUACAAAGAUAUUGGCCACGUCAAGGCCAGAAACCCCAGUCCCAAGGUCGUUAUUGCUCUUGGCGGAUGGGCGUUUAGCGAUCCAGGCCCUUGGAAGGAGGUAUUCCCCAAGAUGGUCUCAACCGAGGCGAACAGGGCAAUUUUCAUCAACAAUCUCUUGGGCUUUCUUUCUCAAUACGGCUAUGACGGCGUCGAUUUUGAUUGGGAAUAUCCUGGUGCUGAUGACCGCGGCGGCACUGAUGACGACGGCAAGAACUAUGUAGCUCUUCUAAAAGAGCUUCGUGAGGCCAUCAACGCCAAGAGUCGCGAUUAUAUCGUGACCUUUACAGCGACUUCAUCUUAUUGGUAUCUCCGCCACUUUGAUCUUAAUUCUAUGCAAUCAUAUGUCAACUGGAUUAAUCUCAUGUCCUAUGAUUUGCAUGGCAUCUGGGACGGUGACAACCCUAUCGGACAUCAGGUUCUAUCGCAUACAAAUCUAACGGAAAUUGAUUCAGCCCUGAAUCUGUUCUGGCGUUUUGGCGUUGACCCUUCAAAGGUCGUUCUUGGAUUGGGUUUCUAUGGUCGAUCCUUUGAGUUGGAGUCUGCUUCGUGCUGGAAGCCAGGCUGUAAGUUCAAGGGUCCCGGAUCACCUGGCCGCUGCUCCAAAACCGCUGGAAUUCUUUCAUAUGCUGAAAUCAUGGAAAUUGUUGAUAAGACUGGGGGAACUCCUUACUUUGAUGAGGCUGCUGCUGCGCGGUACAUGGUCUAUGAUGGCAACAGCUGGAUCUCCUUCGACGACCCCGAAACCUUCCAGAUUAAGAUCGACUAUGCAAGCAAUAUGGGCCUACAUGGCUUGAUGAUAUGGGCAGUUGACCUUGAUUCGCCGGAUCUUCAGGCUCUCAAAUCCAUCUCAAACGGAGAGCUCAUUGGGCGUACACAGACACCAUUUUCAAUGGUGGACUUGGAACGUAUCUUUCCUAAACACAUUUCAGUCAUACCACAAGCUCGACUAUAA